AGUAUUUCAUCAAUUAAAUUAAUUUUUUAUUUAUGCGAUAAAUAUUCCAUAAUAGGGAUAUUAUGAUAAAAGAAAUGUAUCAUUGUUAUGAUAUAGUUAAGCAAACCCUCAAGUGUAUGUGACUUUGGUUUGUAGUGAUCAAACUACCUAAUAUAGCAUGUGUUUGGUUGGAGUUUUCGGCCUUUGAUGUGGGCUUGAGAUGCUUACACAAAUCAAGUUUGUGAAAAAGUAAAACAUAGCCAUCCAUACACAAAUCUUCUAAUAUCAGGUUGGACUAGUUCCACUUUCCUGCUUUCUUCACAUACUUGUAUGUAUAAAUGAUAGCAUUAGCACUUCUCUCAUAACAGUUUGAAUAUUAGCAACAUGUAAAUCUCAAUAGUUUUGCAAAUUUUUAUGGGUGGUCAUCAAAACUUGAAAGCAUGACCAGUCGAUAUAAAUAGGACAUGCUUGUAUGUAUAAAUGACAGCAUUAGCACUUCUCUCAUAACAGUUUGAAUAUUAGCAACAUUUAAAUCUCCAUAGUUUUGCAAAUUUUUAUGGGUGGUCAUCAAAACUUGAAGGCAUGACCAAUCCAUAUAAAUAGGACAACUAAGAAUUCAAACAGUCAAUAUAUAAAAAUUCAACUCACUUGAUGGGAAAGCAACAAAGGGACCAUACCUUGUGAAGGUAAAACUUUACUUCACCAACAUUUAUGAUGACAUCCGUUGCCGAUUCAGAUGACACAUAUCUGCGCGAGUUGGACAUAAUAUGCUAAGCCGAUAAAAGGUCACUAUAAAGUUAUACAUGCAAAUAGAAUAUAUACAUGCAGAUGACAAUCUCAUGGAAAGUGAAUUGUGUGGAGAAAGACCACUCAUCAUCAUUUCAUAUACCAACAAUAGAUCAGACACUUGGAACACCCAAUAAAAUCCAACAAUAAUCAAAGUUAUGGGUUGCACAUCAAACAAGAUAAAGAAUCUUGGGUUGCAACUUGCAUUAUAACAUGUGCUCACAUAAUUAAUUGAAUUAACCACCAAUCCAGCUCUGUUUUUGAUACCUGAUAUCUCAUUAUGCAACUAGACAACGUGCACAUGCAAGAAUGAUAUUUCAUAAUCAAGUAUAAUCUUGCAGCAACAGAGAUGGAUUAGUGAUUGUCAAACCAUCCAUCCACAGGUCUAACUUUUCCUCAGGAUUAGUGAUAAUAAAUCCAAAUAUGCAUGUUGGAUUACAAUUUUAUAACUUUUUUGGAGCUAAAACCCAUAAAUGGUUUGCGGAAUUAAUGUCAUUGUAUUGAGAAGGAACUUGCUGAAAUUGAUGAUUAAAGAACUUGGGUACCCCAGAUGACUAGAGAAUUUUCAAAAGAAUCAGACAGUGCCGCCGCCCUCCAUCUGGCUGAUCUCUCUCAAACUCAUGCGGUUUGGUCGCCUCCGUCCACCAACCACGACACCACCGAAGUUGAAUCGGAAGUUUGUGCAUGUAAGCAUCGGGCUGGUUUUCAUGCUUUGCUGGCCACUGUUCAGGGAACUUCUUAAGGGACCACUCUACUAUGCCACAACAAUUACUUUGGCCUGUGUAAUUUAUUGGAGAGCUUCCCCCAUUUCAAUUGCAGCAAUUUGUAACCUUUGUGCUGGGGAUGGUUUAGCUGACAUAAUUGGAAGUUGGUUUGGUAGUGAUAAAAUUCCCUACAACAGAAACAAGUCUGUAGCUGGUAGUGUAGCAAUGGUGUCUGCCGGAUUUUUGGCAUCUGUAACCCCCCCCACUAUUACUCUUUGACCUCUGCAUAAUCUAUUGUUUUUGCUUGUGAUAAAUGAUACUUUGAGAGGUAUAUGCACUAUUUCUCCUUAUUCGGAUUUGUUCGGGGAAGUUGGGAAAUGGUUUUGGGUUUUUUGGUUGUCUCUCUUGCCUCAACAUUGGUGUAAUGGAUUGAGAUGAAAUAGAGAGGAUCCUACUCCCUGGGGUUUUCCCAUGUGUCAUUGGUUCUCUUCUUCAUUCUAGUAUAGAAAAAGAGGUCUUAAGUUCGAAUCUUGAUUUUACGAUUUCCUCUUAGUUAAAUAUUCCACGCGUUGGGUUUUACUUGUUGAGGGAGAAUGUUAAAGUAUAAAUUAAAUAAUUAAAUUUACCAUUUCCAAUAAGAUUAAACUUUUGGGAUAAGUAGUGAUUUAGUAUUCCCGUGUGCAGACGAG